UUUUAUGCAGUGUAGGUCCUCAUUCUCUCCAAAACAACUGUCACAAACCCAUGACUACAUGUAUCUAAUAUAAUCAUGGCCAUGUACAAAAGAAAACAAACAAGUUACACUGCUUUUCUGCUUAUCCCUAUUGGAUUCCUUAUAAUGGCAUUCUGCAAAUGUAUAUGGGGACAAAGUCCAAAUUCCUUACGCAAAACAUGAGAUGAGAUAGAGAAUGAACAGAAGGGUCCCCUUCAAGUGCCUUUCAAGUUUUAAGUGCGCCAUAAUUAAUUUUGUUCUCCAUUUAAGGCAUGUCAGUAUGUGACCAGCAAAGUCUGUUGUCUGCUAUAGCCUAUAGGGAGAGAAUAAACACUUAUUAUAUGAGAGGUCCUACUCCUAUCUCAGUAAUAGCCUUAUCCAUCCUCUUCAUUCCUAGCUUAGUAAAACCUCAUCUCCACAAAAAGAAUGUGAUAUUUUUAACAUAUACUCCACAAUACAAAUAUGUCAAAGACAGCUACAACAUCUACUCUACUUGAGCUUCUCAUGGAAAUGAAGAAGCAAUCCUACCCAGAAGUACUCACUUUCCACCCAAAAUCACCAUCCCAAUUCCCCUCUGAAUGCUGGUUCGACGACGCAUGCAUCCUCGACAUGGAUUACUUUGUGAAGACCCUCUCCGGCAUCAAGGCCAAAGGCGUCCGCGCAGACCUCAUCGGCUCCAUCAUCACGCACUACGCCUCCAAAUGGCUCCCUGACCUCUCUUCCGACGACAUGGCCGAAAAGGGUCUCACACAGUUCGAGGAAUCGACUGAGAGUGUCACCACUUCAUGGAUGAAGAAGAGGUUCUUCAUGGAAACCUUGGUUGGUGUUCUGCCUCCUGAGAAGGACGCCGUCCCCUGCAACUUCCUCCUCCGCCUCCUCAGAACCGCCAACAUGGUUGGCGUUGAGGGCAGUUACAGGCGAGAGCUGGAGAAGCGCAUUUCGUGGCAGUUAGACCAGGCUUCGUUGAAGGAGCUUGUGAUACCUUCUUUCAGUCACACUUGUGGGACUCUGUUGGAUGUUGAAUUGGUGAUUAGGCUGGUGAAGAGGUUCGUGAGCUUGGAUAGUGAAGGGGCUAAGAGCGGUGCUGCUUUGCUUAAAGUGGCGAAGUUGGUUGAUUCGUAUCUUGCUGAAGCUGCUAUGGAUGCCAAUUUGAGCUUGUCUGAGUUUGUUACUCUUGCGGGUGCUCUUCCAAGUCAUGCAAGAGCAAUAGAUGAUGGAUUGUACAGAGCCAUUGACACUUAUCUAAAAGCACAUCCAAGUGUGUCAAAGCAAGAAAGGAAGGGUCUGUGCAGGCUUAUUGAUUGCCGGAAACUGACACAAGAGGCUUCACUUCACGCAGCUCAAAACGAACGCUUCCCUGUGAGGGCGGUGAUUCAGGUUCUCCUCUCCGAGCAAACCAAACUGAACCGCCACACGGAGUGGAGCGGCUCCAUCAUGAGUGGCGGCCCGAGCCCAAAUGGUGGCGGCUGGUUUGACACGGCGCGGUGCCUGUCGAAGCGCGAGAUAAACGCUCAGCAUGUGGAGAUAAGGAAGCUGAAGGAGGACGUGCAGAGGCUGCAAGGGCAGUGCAGCGCCAUGCAGGUGCAGAUGGAGAAGAUGGUGGAGAAGAAGAAAGGUUUCUUCAAGUGGAAGAAGUUCCCAUUCAGCAAAGGGGAGAGUGCAGUGUUGGAGAAAACGGAACAAGAUGGAGUUGAGUUUGAAAGGCAAACACCUGGUGCUGCCACUAAUGUGGACAUGAAAACCAGGUUAGUGACUGUCAAAGGGAAGACUCCUCAGAAGUGGAGGAAAUCCAUGUCCUGAAACAGCAGCAACAACAACUGAUGAAAUCAAGAUUACAUAGGUAGUUCACCUAGUUUCCUUGUUUGUGUUUGUUAUAUUGAGCAAAUUAUAAGUGUGAGGAAUAAGAAAUAAAAUAACAAUAUUAAUCAA